AUGCCGAGUACUUCGGCGCCCAUAAGCCUGCGCGGGUCUUCGUCUGCACGGCGGGCUGGUUCGGUCCCUUCGACCUCGAGAUCGACUGUGUCGCGCUCGCGAACUAGGGACGCUGUCGUCGGCACGGUGCUCCUCGGCGCGUCGGCCGCCGCCUAUUCGAGCGCCGGCUUGUACACGCGGCUGAUCGACCUCGACGCCUGGACGAUGUUGUUCUGGCGCGGCCUGUUCGGCGGGCUGUUCCUCGCCGGCAUGGUGGCGUGGCGCGAACGCGGCCGGGUGGGGCAGGCGGUACUCGCCAUCGGUCGCGACGGCAUGCUGAUCGGCUUCGGCUCGGCGCUGGCGACGGUAUGCUUCCUCAAUGCGCUGCGCCUCUCGACGGUUGCCGACGUACUGGUGAUCGAUGCCACGAUCCCCUUCGUGACGGCGGGCAUGGCGUGGCUGGUGCUACGCGAACACGAGGACCGGAUCACGCUGGCCGCGACGCUUGCGGCCGUGGCCGGCGUUGCGGUGAUGAUGGGAGCGGCGGAAGCGGGGGGACGCUUGCCGGGCAACGUGCUGGCCUUCGGGAUGGUCGUGCUGAUGUCGCUCGUGCUGGUGCUGAUCCGGCGCAAUCCCGGCGUCAGCAUGCUGCCGGCGGUCGGGCUUUCGGCGUUCCUGUGCGCGCUGAUCGUGUUGCCUUUCGCCAAGCCGCUGGCAGUAAGCACCCGCGAGUUGUUGCUUCUCGCGCUCUUUGGCGCCAGCCAGUUCGGGCUCGGCCUCCUGCUGCUGGCGCUGGGCACGCCGCUGGUUUCCGCGACGCGUGGUGCGUUGAUCGGCGUGCUGCAGACGCCGCUGGGCACGUUCUGGGUCUGGCUGGCCUUGGGCGAGGCUCCGGCACCGGCCACGCUGGCAGGCGGCGUCAUCGUCGUCGCGGCCGUUGUUUGCGACAUCGCGAUCGGUCGGCCGCGGGAGAAGAUAACAUCCAAGAAAGACCCUCCUGUCCGACGACCACGCGGUAGCGCUGGCCGACCUGUUCCGCCUGCUGGGCGAUCCGACCCGGCUGAAGAUCGUGGUCUCCUGCCUGCGCACACCGCUUGCGGUGUCGGACAUAGCCGACCGGCUCGGCCUCUCGGUCUCGCUGGUGAGUCAUCACCUGCGGCUCCUGAAGGGCGCACGCCUUGUGCGGGCCGACCGGCAGGGCAAGCAGGUCUACUACGAGGCCGACGAUCUCCAUGUCCGCCGCAUGGUCGAGGACAUGGUCACUCACAUAGCGGAGCACUGACAUGA